AGCCGACCCUAAGUCUUUCUGUUGGUCUUGGAAUCGUCUUUGUUGCUGGUUGCAGGGCCGCCAUCGCCAAUUUCUCUCACCUCCUUGUAGGGCAGUGUGAAGAUUCGUCAGCCAGCAUGGCGAAGCAGAUCAGUGAGAUCAAGGACUUUCUUCUCACGGCCCGGCGCAAGGACGCCCGCAGCGUCAAGAUCAAGCGCUCCAAGGAUGUCGUCAAGUUCAAGGUGAGGUGCUCGAAGUACCUCUACACCCUAUGCGUCUUCGACUCCGACAAGGCUGACAAGCUGAAGCAGUCCCUGCCCCCUGGUCUCACUGUUCACGACUUGUAGAGCGAUGAUUUUCUCUGUUGAUGCUUCCAGGAUGGCACUGGCGCUGGGAAUUGUUUAGUGCUCGCCGUCUUGAUGUCGAGUAGGCAUGGAUAGCGAAUUAAGAUUCGGAAUGCAGAAUGGAAUACAGUUUCGGAGCAAGAGGGAUAUCCCUUUUUCUUUAUCCCUCUACCUCUUUUAACUUACUGUACUUGGGAGAUUUAUUUGAAUGUCAUUUGAGAUUUUAGGGUUACCUCUGCAUGCCCUGCACGAAUA